CAGGCGGGGCUGCGGGGCGGUGUGGAGGCGCUUCCUCCUCCCACAGAACGUGCCCUGGCAAGGCCAGAAAGCCGCUCGCCAUGUCGGCUGCGGAGGCGGGGGACGUUUUCCACAGAGCCCGGGGCAGGACCCUGGACGCAUUUUCCUCAGGAACUCCCUGGCGGAAAGAGCAGACCAAAGACCUGCAGCGAGUAUUGAAGGCUGUUGAUCGGGACAUCCCUCUGGUGCUGGUCAGUGGCAACCAUGACUUGGGCAAUGUGCCCACAGCUGCGACUGUGGAAGAGUUCUGCCAGACAUGGGGAGAUGACUACUUCAGCUUCUGGGUCGGGGGCGUCCUGUUCCUGGUGCUCAACUCCCAGUUCUUGUACGAUGCCUCUAGGUGCCCUGACCUGAAGCAGGCCCAGGACCACUGGCUGGACCAGCAGCUGAGCAUCGCAGAGCAGCAGCAGUGCCAGCAUGCCAUUGUCUUCCAGCAUAUCCCACUGUUCCUGCAGAGCAUUAAUGAGGAUGACGACUACUUCAACCUCACCAAAGCCGUGCGGAAGGAGCUAGCAGACAAGCUCACUAGAGCAGGUAUCAGAGCUGUGUUCUCAGGCCACUACCACAGGAAUGCUGGAGGAUCCUACCAGAAUCUUGACAUGGUGGUUUCAUCUGCCAUCGGGUGCCAGCUAGGCAAAGACACCCACGGGCUCCGUGUGGUAGUCAUCACUGCUGAGAAAAUUGUUCACCGCUACUACAGUUUAGAUGAGCUGAGCAAGAGGGGGCUGGACGAGGACCUGAAGCAGCUGCUGAAGGAGUGAUUCCCCACAAAAUCCACCAGUUUUCAAGCUCAUGCUCUUCCAUUUCGCCAAAAUAUUCAUAGCCCCUUAUAGAAAUGUUUGAGUAGACAGGCAGGUUUGUGAACAGAUGUCCUUUUACAUAAAUCAAAGUGUGUGGUCCUGUCCUCAAUUAUAUUCAAAAAAGACUGUCUUUCCUUUUAAAAAUCCAGAAAUGAAGGCUGUAGGUAUUUUCUAAUUAUGGUGUGAGACUUUCCACAGGAUGUUUGGGUAAAUUCUCCUCAUUGCGCAGUUCUGCCCUUGAAUCCCGCUGUUUCUGAGCACUUACAAUCAAUAUCCACCUACUGCCCUCCAUCACAGCCCAGUUCCCAAGUGUGAUCUUUAAUAAAUUCCUCGAACAAACUGCA